AGUCAUAUUGCAAAAUACCAGUUCAAAAUGAAGUAUUUCGUUCUAUUAUUAUAUUUCCUUGGACUAAUUUGCAAUAAGGUUGCUGUUGCUCAGGUCUCUGCAUUGGGUAACUCAACAAAAGUCUACUAUCUGGUACUUACAGUUGAGGCUUCUAUAUUAAAUUGUGCUGAAAAUGUUCUUCAAACUUUUAACAUGGACAAUCCUGUGAAAGUUACAAAUCCUCAAGUUACAACCGUCUGCAAUACUACCAGUGGAAACUGCCGUUGCCGCCCUGGCAAUACUUGGAGUGAUGAAGUAUCUCAACAACAUCAUGAAUGUUGUAACCAGGAAUCCUGCUUAUUUGCAAACAGCACAUUUAACAACUGGAAACCAAUGUGCCUUCCCAAAACAAGAGUUACUGUCAAUGGAGUCUUUACCACAACAUCAGAGGUUUAUUCUAGCAAUCUCCAAGAUGCAACAUCUCAACGAUAUACUGAUUUGACAACCAAAUAUUUGCCACUGUUGAAACAAGUUUACAGUACAUUACGUUACUUUGACAACUUAAUCAUCACAGGUUUCAGUGCUGGUAGUGUCAACAUAAAUUUUCAAAUGAGCAUCAACACCAACAUUUCAGCUGAGGAUCUGGCAAGCUGCUCAGUCUUCUUGCAGAGUCAAAAUAAUGCUGUGAUCUCUCUGGUGACAACAGGACUUGUGACGAUUCAUGUACCACAAGGCCCAGUACCAUAUCAUUCUAAACAGACAAUAUACUGCACAACAUUGGAGGACAUGAAACCAAGCAAACUGAUUCUGACAAAUACAGGCAACUUUGACAUCACGACUGGUACUGAGGCUAAUGUGACUAACACUACCAGAAUGAUUACAGUUGACCUGAAGAAGACAUCAGAGCUCUGGGCAGGAAUGUACACAUGCGUCUUCAAUCCCUUAUCCUCCAAUGUGACCAUAGAAAACAAGGCCAGUGCAAAUCUAGUCAUAGCACUCCUGCCACCAACUAUUGAUAUAAGCAGCAGUCCCCAAUUUCCAGACUGCAGAGGUUCAGCAAGUGUUGUCCCUGUCACAGUUCAAUGUAUAAUUACGAAUAGCACAGAAAAGUAUAUCGUGGCAUGGACUGGAAACAACACAGAGAAAUUAAACCAGCCUCAAAACAAUAGCGCCAGCAAUACAAUCACUUACAACAUUUAUAUCAGUGUGCUUUGCGACCAGAGUACCCCACCAUCUGAAACCUGUACUUUUACGAACAGCUUAAACCAAAGCAGAUAUGCAACAGUCAACAUUCCUGUUAUCUACAAAAAUUCCAUGUUUUGUGCAGCUGAUAGUGCAUGGCCAAUUGCAAAGGCUGGCUUUACAGCUAAGCAGAUAUGUACAAAUGGUAUUGGAUACCGUGAGAGACAAUGUUCAGUUGAUGGAAUAUGGAGCACUGAGAUAUCGAACUGUGUAAAUCCUGAUCUAAAUAACCUUUUGUCUUUAUCUAUGAAUGUUGGAAGUGGACUUGGCUACUUUAGUAGUAACGCUCAACAAGUAUUUUUAGGUCUGAUAACUUCCACCAGUAACUCAGAGUCCAUAAACACAUAUGCUAAUUUGAAUGCUUCGGUGAGCAUUCUCUCAAACGUCAACGAUGCAUCUUCUCAAGCAAGUUUCAUAAUGAAUGUGACUCAGUUACAACUUGCUCUAAACUCGUCCAGCAAUCUUUUGUAUAACACUCUUCAAAGCUCAUGGACAUCUGUCAACCCCAAUACUCCUAGAGUUAACAACAUGUCCAUAGCUGAAAGAUAUCUGAGUACUGUUGAAGGCCUGGUUGAACAGUCACAGGUCAAUGGAUCCACAUUUUCAUACCCAAACAUACAAAUGGGUAGUUGUCAACCGAAUGGGGCAGUGUGUGAAAACCAAGUCUUCAACGUCACUGUGUCAAUGUCUACUGAAUCAAAUAACUGGGUUAAAACGACAGGGUUUCAAAAUCUGAACUACUAUCUAAAUCAAUCAGCAGAUCAGGUGCCAAAUAGCAUUGUGGUGUCCACUACCACUGGGAAUGGAUCAACCACUGGGAAUGGAUCAGUCUCAAUAAACUUCAAAUUGAUCAGCACAAGACCCCGCAACCAUGAGAUGGUGUGCGUGUUUUGGGAUUUCAUGAGAAAUAAAUGGUCUAGUAAUGGUUGUACAUGGGGUGGUGCCAACGAUGAAAAUAACUGUUACUGUAACCACUUAUCCUCAUUCACCAUCCUUGUAUCAAAGACAGCAACGGUUCUGCCGUUUUUGGAUGAGAUAACCUAUGUGGGUAUCGGUGUCUCAAUUGUGUCCCUUUUCAUCUGUCUGGUGAUAGAAUGUCUUGUGUGGAGCUCUGUUGUUAAGUCUAACGUCUCGUACUGUCGCCAUACAGCCCACAUUAACAUCUGCCUGUGUUUACUGAUUGCCGACUGCAGCUUUCUCGCCUCCUCUUUUCCCCAAAAAAUCAAUAAUUGGUGUAAAAUCUGUGUGGUGCUGAUGCAUUUUUGCUACAUGGCCAUGUUCUUCUGGAUGUUGUGUCUUAGUAUAAUGAUUCUUCAUCAGAUGAUAUUUCUGUUCCAUCAGAUCAGCAAGAAGGUUUGCUUGGGACUGAGCUUUUUUAUUGGCUAUAUCUGUCCACUGGUAAUAGUAUUUGUUACUUUCAUCAGUUUCAAUUAUGGCCAAGAAAAAAUCUACUUUGACCCUGAUACUUGUUGGUUGAUUUAUGCAGGGCUUUUUCAGGGCUCAAUCUUUGCGUUCAUUCUGCCUGUCGGGACUAUUGUAAUAAUCAAUGUGUUCUGCAUGAUAGUGGUUAUCAUGAGGCUCUUGAGACCAAGUAUAGAAAACCACAGCAAGGAUGAAAAGGAAGUGGCCAAAGGUAUCCUGAAAGCUGUUGUUCUCCUAACCCCCAUCUUUGGUGGAACAUGGAUUUUGGGAUUUUUUGUUUUGGUGGUUGACCUAACAGUACAACCUAUAGCCCAAAUUGUGAACUAUGGCUUCACUCUGCUGAACGCUUUCCAGGGCUUCUUUAUUCUACUCACCACGUAUAUGGGGGAAAGAACGGUUCGUGUUGCACUACUGGCAUAUUUGAAAAAAAAGAACUCACAAUCAACAUUAGGUGAAAGUUCUACCAAAAUGUCUUCCUCGCUGAAGAAGAAAUGACAUGCUUUACUGUUGGAUAAUUCU